CACACAGCUUACACUGUUCCAGUCCUUUGCAGCCUGAAGGACGCACACACGGACGCAGAGACCAAAAAAAACAAGCAAACCAGACUGUACUGACCGCAGAAGCUCUACACCACAGGUUGCUGUCCAGGAUGGCGGGAAUGAAGGAGCAGCAGUUCACGGAGGAGAAGCCCCUGCUGCCGGAGCAGCGAGGAGUGGACUCAGACAUGCAGGAUAAAGGAGAGGAGGCAUCGGGGGGGUUACCAUGCCCCGCCAGCCCCGAGCCCCUUAACCCCCCUCCUCCUCCCAGCCGCCCCACUCACCGCUGGCAUGUCAUCGCACGGCACUGGCUCCGCCAGACCCGCCGUCGGACCAGCGGGGUCCUCCGGGAAAGCUGCGAACAGUUGAUGCCGGUAGGAGAUUGGAAGGAACAUGAUAUUGAGACUCCUUAUGGGAUGCUGCACGUGGUGAUCCGUGGGGCACCCAAAGGAAACAAGCCGGCUAUCCUCACCUACCACGAUGUGGGACUGAACCACAAGCUGUGCUUCAACACUUUCUUCAAUAAUGAGGAUAUGCAGGAGAUCACCAAGCACUUUGUGGUUUGCCACGUCGAUGCCCCGGGACAGCAGAUUGGAGCAUCACAGUUGCCACAGGGGUACCAGUACCCCACCAUGGACCAGUUGGCCGGGAUGCUGCCCACUGUGGUGCAGCACUUUGGAUUUAAGAGCAUCGUUGGAAUUGGUGUUGGAGCUGGAGCUUACAUUCUGGCUAAGUUAGCUCUGAUCUUCCCUGACAUGGUGGAGGGUUUGGUUCUGCUCAACAUCGACCCAAACGGCAAAGGCUGGAUUGACUGGGCUGCCACCAAGCUGUCAGGCCUGACCAGCAAUCUGCCAGACACUGUGCUGCCACAUCUUUUCAGCCAGGAGGAGCUGAUGAGCAACACAGAGCUGGUGCAGAGCUACCGGCAACAGAUCAACAACACUGUCAACCAGUUCAACCUGCAGCUUUUCUGGAACAUGUACAACAGUCGGAGGGACCUGGAGAUGAAUCGCAGUGGGACGGUGCUCAACGCCAAGACUCUGAAGUGCCCUGUGAUGCUGGUUGUGGGAGACAACGCCCCCGCUGAGGAGGGAGUGGUUGAGUGCAACUCCAAACUGGACCCAACCAACACCACCUUCCUUAAGAUGGCUGACUCUGGUGGACUUCCUCAGCUCACACAGCCUGGCAAACUGACUGAAGCCUUCAAGUAUUUCCUGCAGGGAAUGGGCUACAUUGCUUAUGUGAAGGAUCGGAGGUUGAGUGGAGGGCCAGUGCCCUCCGCCAGUAUGACCCGCCUGGCUCGCUCCAGGACAGCCUCCCUGACCAGCGCCGGCUCCAUGGACGGGUCCCGCUCUCGGGCCUGCACCCAUUCUGACAGCACCGAGGGAGUCGGCACAGUCACCCACACCAUGGAGGUGUCCUGCUAAGGAGUCAGCAAGCCAUAGAAAGAGGGAGGGGGGUCGAGGGAUGGAAAGAGAGAGAGACAGGAAGGGAUGACGGUAAAGAGGAGAUGAUAGGGAUCGGGGGUGGGGGUGGGGUGGUAGAUCGAAACAGCAACAGGAAGGAAAGUUCAUGAACAAGGUGGAGACAGCUCUCUCGGUCUUCAUCUAUCCCCCCAAAAUCCCUUUGUCUGCCAUCUUGUUCCCUCCUCCACUGUAAACUACCAUACGUAUUGCUACUAAAACCCCCAACCGCACCUGUCACACAGCACUUAAAGAUUUAGGCAACUGUUUUUGUUCUCUAUAGUAAGUGGCAUUCUUGUGUUUGCUAAGUGUCUCAUCAUUCUUUGCCUGCACCCCUUUUAACCCCCACUCCCCCACCUCCCAACCCCAACACAACAAAAAAGUAACCCUGUCUGUCAACACUACACACAGCAAUAUGUGAUAAUCAGCUGCUGUUAAUGAUGUGAUAUUAAAAUCUGUCAGAGACGGUGAAGGUACAGGAUAUGGCCAGGAAAACUUUUAAGGGGUACCAUAAUGAAAACGUGUUACGCAUCCUCAUUUUGCAAGAAGUUGAUUCUUUUGUUGUUUAAGAAAAAUGUGAGUGCUGGCAUCUCUCUCUGUGUUUGUAAGGGAUGGUUUUUCUUCUCCAUGAAUGACAGGUGAGCAAAAGAGGGGGUGGCUCCAGAAUUUGACAGAUAGCUGAAUACAGCCAAGUUCACCUGCAGUGCUUAGAGAGGAUUUGUACACUUUCUUAGUCUAAGAGCAUAGAUAGAGAGUACACCGCACUGAUUUAAAGCUGCACUUGGUUAAACGUGUAAACCUUGUGGUCAAACUUGUAAACUACACUUAAAAUGCAAAAGAGUGAUGUUAUUAAGUUUCAGGUGUGCAGGCACUGUGAGAAUACUGCCUAGUACUGCUGCCUGCAGUACUGACGCUGAAGUGGGCCUAUUGUUUACUGAUGGACCUCUAUUCUCAUAAACACUGUUCCAGUAUUAAAAAUUGAGUCUGAGUUGAGUCUGUCUGUUCAGGAUAGUCACAGAUAUUUACAGUAGUGUCUGAAACACAUUCUGAGGUCUGAACUCACUGCACCCUGACAGGAAAUUAAACCCAGGCUGUCAGUCGUCCAGUAAGCGUACUGAAACCUGCCCACUACACCACCAGGGAGCUUAGCUGACACAAAAGUUGCAAGUAUAAGCAAACUUGUGUUUGAAUAAUCUUGAUUUUGAGCUUGAUGACAAUCUGUGAUUUGUGAGCCACUGGGGUCCAACUAUUAUUAUUAUAUAGUGUCAAAUUUGCAUAAAAUUACUUAUAUAAAAAUACAACCACCGGUGUACCCACUGUAGCAGCAAGGUUAAUAUGAACUCAUUCAUUGAACUUUUAUUCCAUACUUAAAUCACUCACCUACAAUCACUUUCUGUGAAAUUGUCACUAUCUUACAAACUUAAGCAUUUAGCUUCUUAAGAUGUAAAAUGCACCCCUGCGGGCUGAAUAGUUUAAUGUAGAAUGUAAACUGAGGAAUAGAGUUUGGUCUCAUCCAGGAAUAAUAUUGUAUCUGUGCAAAAUAGAAUGGCAAUUGUCAUGUGAUGAACCUGUUCGCCCUGGUUAGGACUGGUUAGAUUCUUACAAUUGAAUCAAUUGUUCUGUGCCUAGGAAGCGAUGACUGUAAUUUAAACUGUCUUCUAAAUACCACAAAACCAAACCAUUGUUAUGGAGACAGACAGGCCAGGCUGGUGAACACUGAAGUCACAUUCUAAGUUGCCAUGAUAAGUUAAAAUGUUGCCUUAUUACUGCCAGUUGGAGCCACAUUUGUGCAAUGUUGCUGAGUGCAGCUUUAAGCUAUGUGUCAUCUCACAUUUCUAAGACAAUCCACACCAUGAAUAUAGUCUAGAAUAUGUGUUUAUUAACAUUUAUAUGCAUGUAAAUGUAAAAGUAAUCUUAGGGCAUUCUAGUAUUUGAGUAGUAUCUAGUAUUAGGGCAUUCGUCAUUAGCACCUUACAUGGGGCUAGUUCAGUAGAGCCAUGGAUGCAACCGCCAUCAUCAGUCUCCAGUGCAUGAACGUGGUUCUGGCAGUAGUCGGCUCUUUGUGGUCUCUAACAUGACAAUCACACUCUGACCCAAACCAAACCAGACCAGGGGGGCCGAAGCAAGACCAGGCCGACCCGACAAGUUCUCUUCCCGGGUCACCGCCAAAGAACUCUCAGCAGCCUUCCCUUACAGCGCCCAGCCCGUUCUGCGGAUGUACCAAAGCUACACACACACACACACACACACACACACACACACACACACUAACAAUAUCCACAACCAGACACAUUUCCCAUGCACACCACACACACAAAUAAACACUGCAUGGACUGUGCUAAGGGAAUGAGGCCAAAGAAAAGACACACAAAAUUCACACACAAGAAGAAAUUCAUUGCUAUGUAGUCAGUGUGUGUUUUCAUGUGCUGUGUAGACAUAAUCUCACUGGUAUAGUACAUGUAUAUAAGUAUAGUUUUAGACUAGUGAAGCUGUGUGCGGUUAUCUGCAAUAAUACUGGACCACCUUGUCAAUAGUGAUCAGAGAUGGGUUCCCCUGGUUUUUGGCUUAGUAAUGUACAGUAUUCAUGUACCACAGUCACCUUCACCAGUUUCCAGUUUUACAAAAAACCCUUUGGUCCCCUGUCAGAAAGGGGCGUAGCUUCCAAUUGCUGAGGUGUGCGCUUUCCUGAGGUGACCUGUAAGGGGCGGGGCUUUUUUGGAGCCAUUUGGGCGCCAAGCUCAGAAUGUAAGGCAACCCCCGGCCACCUUAAAAAAUAACCUCUUCCCCCUAAAAAAUUACAAGGUGCCCCGGCUCUCACAGGCAAACCCAGUCGCACCCUAAAGGGCUAUCAGCUGAAGUCACUUUUUAAAAUGUUGGUAGUGUUAGUCGUGUUUCUGAGCACCAGGGGUCCCUAGAGAGCAGCAGUUUGAUGGAGGAUAAGCUUCUUGAGAAGAAGGGAAGGGAUUGUUACCAAAACACAGAGAGAGAUUCUGACCUGAAAAAAGAAUGGGAUUUUGUUCAAAGCUGAAGAGAUUAUUGUUUAAAUUUUUUGAAAUACCUUAUAAAUGUGAUAGUUUGAAAACAAAUCUGACAUGUGGAGUGGAGAGAUCAUGUGAAGAAAUUGGGCAGUCAGAUCAAACACGUCACUCCUCGCAGAACCUCAUGGAUUUCAUACACCCUGAAGUUUGCAUGUAGCGGAGUUCGUAUACGAUCAUCUUCCAGUGUUUUCUCUCUUCGCUAAGCUAUUUUCUGCCAUCUGCACUUCCUCCUCCUCGACUUUUACCCAAACUGCCUGGGGGGCUCCUGAAUGUAUUUUGUCCCUUUUUGAAGUGCUGUACAGUAUUGUCAACCUACGCCUCUCAGAACCCUUGACUAUGGUUUGCACUUCUAUCCCUGCCCCACCCAUCCCUGACAUUUAACCCUGUACAUGAAAACCUAGCUCCUUCCCGCUCCUCCUCAAGGUCUAUAAAUAGUGAAGUUCAGUAGCGAUUUGUUAAUGUCGACAGUAAGAUGGCACUGGAUCCGUUUGUAUAGACCUUUGUCGUCCUUGCACUUGUAGAUACUUUUUAUUUUCAGAGCAGGUUACCCAAACCCAACACUACUGUAUUGUGAAGAAAACUUCAACAUAUUUCUGUUCCUCUUUCCUUGGAGUUUCUCUUUUUUAUAGAAAACAAUAGGCUGUAACCUCAUCUUAGUAUAAUGAUAUUGGUUAAUGUGUACUACUACUACUAUUCUUCUUCUUACUGCCAUUAUGAUUGAUUUGUAUUAAGCAAUAAGUUGUCUUUUUUCUUGUUUGGAUUGUUUUGUAUUGUGGAAGUCUUCCCUAUGAGCUUGUUUCUAUCCACAACAGUAGAAGGACUCUUACCUGCUUCUUUGCCAUUCAGAUGUGUAUUGUAAAGUUUAAAUAUAUUAAAUAUAAAUACAUAAAGAAAGUAAGCUGUCUCUGUCCAUGUACUGAUCGAGUAACAAGUAAAGAAAUAAAGACUUCAUGUCAGAA